AUGGUGGCUAGCGAUCCGUGCCAGCAAACGCGCCGCUUUUUCAUAACGGACAAAGAUAGCAAGUUGUCGUUUCUGAUCGAUACGGGUGCUGAUCUCUGCGUUUUUCCACGGUCGUUUAUACAAACGAAAGUCGAGGAAACUACUUACGCUCUUUCGGCAGCAAAUGGCUCAGUGAUUGCCACGUAUGGCGUUUAUGAAAUGUCGCUCAAUCUCGGCCUUCGCCGCGAAUUUCCUUGGAGGUUUGUGAUUGCUGAUGUGUCUCGCCCGAUAAUUGGCGCAGAUUUCAUUACACACUACGGACUACUAGUCGAUCUGCAAGGCGGCCAACUCAUCGAUCGCGAAACAAAUAUAACGACGCGCGGACAGUUUUUCAAAACAGAGCAGCCGAGCAUUAAAGUGAUAACAGGAAACUCGUCUUAUCACCUGCUUCUUGCCAAGUAUCCGGACAUCAAGCGUCCAGACGGCCGCGCCCCAACAGUGAAGCAUAAUACGCGUCACCACAUCAUGACUACGCCUGGUCCACCUGAAGCCGGCAGGCCUCGCCGGCUUGCACCCGAUAAGCUUAUUACCGUGCAAAAGCUUUUCAACACCAUGCUGAAACUGGGAACGGCUCGCCCAUCCUCAAGUAGCUGGGCAGCACCGAUCGCUACCCGGUGCCUCAUAUCAAAGACUUCGCGCAACGGCUACGAGGAAAAAGUGUUUAUUCAAAGAUCGAUUUAG